GUUCUUUUGUUCUUGUUUGAGUCUCCUAUUUGUCACUUUGCCUGAUGUGAGCAACCGAAAUGUUCGGGGAUGCAAACUCCGACCUUUUCCAUUUUUCCUGUGAUUUGGUUGCUGUUACAUGUUAUGUUAAUGGAGUGCCAACGCCAGUCUUUUCCAUUUUUUCAGGCGGUUCACCUUAACCGUUAUGUUCUCUUCUUUUGUGGGUUACCCAUUCAUUCGUGCAGUACUGCAGUGUGUUCCUAGUCCUCCGCUUUGAUGAGAAUGCGCAUUGUAUCAGUGGCGCCAAAAUGGGCCACCUCUAUUAGAUCAUUUUGCGGUUCAUGUUUCAUCAUAAGGAAUGAACAGUAGUCGACAAAUGGAACUCCACUACAUAAACACUGGAUUUCCAUACACAAUCACCGAGAGCUUCAUGGAUUUCUUUGAGGGUCUCACUUAUGCUCAUGCUGACUUUGCUCUCACGGAUGGCUUUCAAGAUCAGGGUAAUCCAUACUGGGCAAUGAUGCAUACAAACUCGUACAAGUAUGGAUACUCUGGUCCUGGGAACUAUUACAGUUAUGCUCAUGUCUAUGACAUAGACGAUUACAUGCGUAGAGCGGAUGGUGGGCGCAGAAUAUGGGAUAACACUACACCUGUAAACAAUGUUGAUUCUGCCAAUGUUGUCCUGCAGGGUGGUGAAGCUCCCCACACAACGACAAAUACUAUUAACAAGGAAUGCAUCCAACAGGUACACCAAAGUCCAGGUAGUCCUCAGGUUGUUUGGCAAGAUAACAUUGAGCCUGAUAAUAUGACAUAUGAGGAACUGUUGGAUUUGGGUGAGGCAGUUGGAACCCAGAGCCGUGGUCUCUCCCAAGAACGCAUUUCAUCGCUUCCUGUCACGAAGUAUAAGUGUGGGUUUUUUUCAAGGAAGAAAACACGCCGUGAGAGGUGUGUGAUUUGCCAAAUGGAGUACAGGAGAGGAAAUUUGCAGAUGACACUUCCAUGCAAGCAUGUAUACCAUGCCAGCUGCGUGACAAGAUGGCUUGGCAUAAACAAGGUAUGCCCUGUUUGCUUUGCUGAAGUUCCUGGCGAGGAUCCUGAGGCAAUGAGUCAACAGUUAUGAGGCCACUGGGAAGUUGUUGCACUUUGAAGCUGAGUACUGCCCCCAAUGAAUGCAUGAUGUUUGCUUGAAGGCAGCUUAUUGUCCCCACUUUAUAAUUGUGUAUUAGCACCGUAUUACCAAAUAUAGGUUAUUGUUAGAUCAGAUGUAUUUAGUGUUUGGUUCAGCGUUUUGUAACGUAAUCAAAUCAGGAACAGAGAGAACCGUUACUUGCGUUUGGUUGGACGAGGCCCAUAAUGCAAAUCUAUAACUAAUCAGAGGCUCCACCUAGGGGUAAUGGGCUUUAGAUUUUACAAGGGUCAUUGGAUUAGGGUCGAACCCUAUUCUUAUUCA